AUGAACUGCAAACUACGCCGCCUGGAUCUCCUCCGCACUGGCCAGAAGUCGGACUGCGAGCUGCAUGUACUCUUCACGCCACCAGGACAGCAGAAACGAUGUAAGCGGGUGUUCCGGUGCCACCAGACUAUGCUUGUAUCCGCCUCUGAGGAGUUUGAGCGGUUGAUCAAGGAUCCGGAAUUUGAAAAGAACAAACAGAUUAUCACAGUGGAGGACGCCUCGCCCACUGCCUAUGAGUCCCUGCUCCUGUACAUCUACACCUACGAGGUCUGCAAUGCCGUCAACAUCGAGAUGUGUGGAGAGCUGAUGCUUCUCGCCCAGAGGUUCAAAAUGUACGACUUCGUCGACUGCUACAUGGAGAAGCUGGCCAGCCAGGAAUGGCCCAUGGAGGUGGUGCUCCAAAUAUUUGCUCUGGCCAAUAAGCACGAACAUUUGUCGUUAAUGGAAGUGGUGGCAAAGAAAAUCCUACCCAUUGCCACCCAAGUGCUCAAUGACAACUCAUUCACCAAGCUGAGUCUCCAGGAGCUCAAGGCCUUGAUGAUCAUUCUCCAGAAUGAGGGUAUUUUGUCCAACAGUCACCUGUUGGGAGCUCUGAAAAAUUACCAGCUGGCCAAUAAUUUGCGCUACAACAACAUGGAAAAGUUCCAACAAUUUGUGGAGGCUACACAGAUCUUCGAUAAAGUUCUCUUCGAAGUGGACGGUACUUUGUCGGUGCCUGCGGAGGAAGCCAAUGACACUAACGAGGUGGGAUCGGACACAUCACUUUAUCCCACCAAUGUUUAGACGGAAGGUUGGGCAUUACAGAGCUAAGGGAAUCCUUUAUUGGAGAAUAGGGGGGCAAACAAACAUGAUAGUUUAAAUCUUACAAGACUUACAAGUUAGUUACUAUCAAUUAAAUAAUACCCAAACGGGCCUAGGCCUAGGCCAGUGCAA